AUGUCCGGAUAUUUUUUAUCAACAUUUGGAUUUAUCGCGUUCUUACUUCUUGCUACAUUUGUCUCAUGUUCGCCCGUAUUUAUUCAAGAUGAUGAUAUAUCUACCGAACACGACGAUCAAUAUCUUCGCAAAACCGACAGCAAUGAAGAAGCCAUGAAAAUUAUGGUACCGACGAUACUAUCAUUUCUUCGAGAUGAGCGUUCAACAAUUUUAUAUCCUCGUGUACAUCGUAAUGCAUGGUAUCGAGUGUCAACAUAUCAACAUCGGCAACCAUCGAUUUCCGAAGAAAAAAACGAUGGUAAUUCUGUUAUGCGAUGGGGCCGUAAAUGA